AUGUCCGAAAGUUGCAGUUCAGUUCUUAAUGGAGGUGAACGGGUGACAGCCUCUAGGUUGGUACUUGAUCGAGGAGAUGUAAACACAGAGGAGAAGUACGUAUUGAAAAGUUCUGCUUUAUGGGCUGCGGUCUUUGCCGUUUCGCCGUUAAAAACUAUUUCAGGUCGAUUGCUCACCCGAUGACGGCGCACUGACUUGUGGUAUCUCCAAAACAGCUUUGGAUUUUCAGCAAAGGAAUCUUUAACUUUUUCAAGAUAAUCACGAUGUUUUUGUCUGACUAGGUAUUUGACAGAUUGAGAUAGAGUUCGCAGCCAUUAAACCAUUAAGUAUUACCACCGUCUUCAAAGGCCUUAAUCAGUAUAUUGAAGAAAAUAUUACCGCAUCACAAAAAUAUAAUACAGAAGUCGGAAAAAGAAAGGUAUGUUCCACAGUUGUUGAAAGUAGAUCAAUUGCAGGAACUAUUGAAAGGACAAUUGCACAACAAUGAGCAAAGACAAUUUACUGUUGACGAUCAACAUAAUGCAACGCUUGCUAAUCAAGAGUUCGUUAAUGUCCAGGAACAAUUAAAUACUGAUCAACAGAAUGCAACGGUUGACAAGGAAGAGUUCAUUAAUGUUCAGGAACAAUUAAAUACUGAUCAACAAAAUGCAACGGUUGAGAAACAAGAGUUCAUUAAUGUCCAGGAACAAUUAAAUAUUGAUGAACAGGAUGCAACGGUUGAGAAGCAAGAGUUCAUUAAAGUACAGGAACAAUUAAAUACUGAUCAACAGAAUGCAACGGUUGACAAUCAAGUGCCCAAUGAUGAGCAUAGACAACUUCAGAUUCAAAAGUUGAAGUAUGAAUAUCUUCAACAAUUACAACGUGAAGGUCAUGUUUGUGCAAAAAAUUGCGUCUUGUGCACCAUUCUUUGGAGUUGUCAACAGGAACUGGGUUUCUACCUUUGUGGCCCCCAAUUAAUCCUGAUAAUGUUUCUUCAUAAAGCCGAAAAAAUUGGGAGGGAAUAUCUCAAGUGUGAAAAAAUUAUAGAAAUAUUCAUGAAAUGUGAAGUAAUUGAUGCACCCGUGAGUGCCGAGUAUCUGUGGUCUGAUGAAAUGAGUAAGAAGUCGGAAAUGAUAGAGAAAGCUUGGAAUGCACUCAUGAAUAUGGAUAAAGGUGUAUAUUUAAUGGGAAUAAAGAAUUCAGAGGCUCUAGGCGGGGGUCAUUGUGUAGUGUGUGAUUUGAAUAUAAGGAUUGAAUGUGGAACAGUAAUGUUUCAUGACCCACAGAAAGAAGAGAAAGCAGAAUGGCAGUAA